UUCAAUGGAGAACCUACAAAGAACGUUCUCCGACGUAUCGUUGGAGCUAAGCAGAGAAGCCAUUGAUGCAACGCAGCAGCUUCCGCCUAUAUCGGAAGUCGAGGACGCCGACUGCGAGUGCUGCGGCAUGUCGGAGGAUUGUACUCCCGAGUACAUUAACCAAGUUAAAGGCAAGUUCUCCGGGAAACUGGUGUGCGGACUCUGCGCGGAAGCCAUCAAAGAAGAGACCGACAAAAAUGGUGGCGAAAGGGAAGAGGCUUUGAAGGACCAUAUGAGUGCUUGCAUGAGGUUCAAACAGUUCGGUCGGACUCACCCCGUGUUGUACCAAGCUGAGGCCAUGAGAGAAAUGGUGAAGAAGAGUAGUUCGGGAAUUAGGGCCAAGUCGAUGAGUACGAAAAUGGGUGGUAUUGCGAGGAGCUCGAGUUGUAUGUCGGCUAUCUCCAAGGACAUUGGUGAUCGAGAAAUUAUGAACUAA